AUGGAGAAAUCGAGAAACUUCAGAAUUGACGCCCUGCUCGCUGAUGAGACCAACCGGGGGAGCCGAGACCUCUCCCCGGGUCUGAGUAGCGACAGCCCCGCAGGCAGCCCGGUCUCCUGCCGCCGUGCGGACACGCCGUCCCCGCGGGCCGCACACCUUCAGACCGGAAUAAUCCCCAAACCGGGUAUCCUAAAUCUCCCGCAUCCAGGACUCGCUUCAAUCCCCGGCAUGUAUCCUGCACCCAUGUACCCGUUGUCGGCGUUGGGUGGCCAGCACCCCGCGUUCGCGUACACCGGCUUCACUCAGCUAACGCAGACCUACCCAGAGCACCUGAAGGCGGCUGCCAUGGCGGGAUCUCUGCCCCUGGAGCACUGGAUCCGCGCUGGGAUCAUGAUGCCACGACUGCCAGAUUACAGCUCGGGCCCUCAGGCUGGGUUAUUGGGGAAGUGCCGGAGGCCCCGCACCGCCUUCACCAGUCAGCAGCUGCUGGAGCUCGAGAACCAGUUUAAACUCAACAAGUACCUGUCCAGACCCAAACGCUUCGAAGUGGCCACCUCACUCAUGCUGACUGAAACACAGGUCAAGAUCUGGUUCCAAAAUCGGAGGAUGAAGUGGAAACGCAGCCGGAAGGCGAAGGAGCAAGCCACCGCCUCGGCCCAGUCUGAAGCACAGCGACUGCGCAGCGGAGGAAAAAUGGCCAACGACAAGUCUGAUGAGAGCAGGCGAGCUGUGAAUCCGGACGACAGAGGGAUAGAUCUUGAUUUGGAGGAUGGAGAAGAGGAGGAAGAGGAAGAGGAGGAUGAGGAGGAGGAAGAAGAGGAGGAAGGCCAGCAUGGUUUUCCUGUUGGGAUGCCACGAUCCACAGACUUCUUGCAGCGUAGCACUGAAGUGGGCUACAAUCCCCACAGCCCCUUCUCUGAUGAGGAGCUGGAGGGGGUUCAAGUCGGAGGAGGUGACAGGAAGAUCGGGGCAGGACUGUGA